AUGUCCAGCUCCGCGAGUUCCUCUCUCACGUCGACGUUGGUACUAGCGCUUGCGCAGAGUGAGGCACUCCAGCGGCAAAUAGGCCACGCUCAAAAACUCAUUGACCAACUAAAGCUGGAGAAUGAACAGCUCCGGCAGGAAGUUCAGGGGCUACGCCAGGCCCAAGCGCAAUUGCAGACACCUCAUCCAGAUCUGACAAUUCAACUUGACCAACUGUUUCGCAAAGAUGCAGAGAAACAAGCAGAGAUUGACAGUCUUAGAAAGCGUCUGGCUCAACCUUCUCAUGCGCGGACACCAAAUGCCUCGUCGCCAGCUCUUUCAGGGGACGACCAACCACCUUUGAAUGCGUCCCGGAAGCGAGCUAGGAUCAACAGCCCGGGAGACAGACCCCUGCGCGAUAUUGACGCGAAUUCGCCGCCUGGCGGCCGGCCCCAGCAACUCAGAAAGUCCAAGGGAAUGUUCAGGGAUAGAACGACUGAGGCUAUUUCCCUGAUCGCAGAGGACGGUGUCGAUUGUCACAGUGAUGACGUGAGGCCGAAGACGAGAACACCUAUCGAUCCCGGCAGCUCACCCAAUCAACGUCUCCAGGGAUUGUUGGCAGCACCUAGCGCGGCAGCCCCGGUAGCAAAGGACACUCCUCGUCCUCGGUCCUCGAAGAAGACACCCAUUCAAGGUAGAAGAGCAGAAAACAACGAACCACUUAGACGGCGUCCGCUCAAUGGUCUCAACCUCUCCCAUUUCAAGGUCAAUCCGAAAUAUGCCUCAGGCCUUGAUUUUCCGUUCCGGGAAGUCGUCCGAGAGAAGGAGGCGAGGAAGUGUUUGCCGGGCUGCAACAGGGCGGAAUGCUGCGGCGCUUCUUUCAAGGCGUUGGCGAUGACGCUCCCUCCGGACCCUAAACUAUCAGAAAACGACUUGUUGCUUGAAUUUUUGGGACCAGGCUCGGAGCAGAAGAUCAGCAGCCUGACACCGCUGGCGCGAACCAAUCUAGUGCAUGAAGCUAGAGCCAAACGGCUAGCAAACGCGUAUGGCAAGAUGCACAGGGCCACCUUCGAACCGCCGUCAUCGCCACCGGCCUUCUGGAAUGUAGAUAUCCCUAGCACCCAGGAGCAAGAGGAGAUUCGAGGGCCGGCUAUGGCAAAGCAAAGGGAGGAGGUUGAGAACCGAUAUCAAGAGGCUCUGAAAGGCGGCCGCUGGCUGUUCGCAGAUGAGUGA